AUGGCAAAGUUUCUAUUGAUUUUAGUGACUUUAAAUUUAAAGGUAAGUUUUAAAUUGGGACUCGGUGGUCUAUUCAACAAGAUAAAGUAUACUCUGAAAUACCUGAAUCCUCUCAAAGCAGUAGAGGCCGAUCUUACUGACGCACUCUCUUUACAUAUAUUUUUUAUUAAAUUUUUUAAUGGACUAGAUGAUCCGAGCGAUGUUUUCAUCAGAUUAUCGAAUUGGGGAUUUGAUUUUCCAAAAUUACAUCCCAAAAUGAAUCCUAUAGAAGUUACAUUCAAUGAAGCUUCUAUUGUCAAGAUUGCACAAUCUAUACUUGGGGAAACCUAUAUGGAUUAUUCAAAUGUUAAGCAAUUUACCGACUUGGUCGAAUUUGUGGAAAGAUUAAAAAUGCAAGAAGAAACUCCACACACAGUGGGUGAAUAUCUUUUAUGUAAGAACGAUAAUCACAAGAAUGUUGGUUUACCAGAUAACAUUUUCAAAGACUAUAUGCGUAAUUAUUAUUGUGCGAGUUGCUCUUCAUAUUAUUUCAAGGAAUACAGAAGAAAGGAUUCGAAAUCAAUAGAAGUAAAACCAGCGAAAAAGAAAAAAAUAACUAAAUCAAUUAUUAGAAUUGUAAAGUUUUUUUCUGAAACUGUAGAGAGAUCAGAUCUCAAUUUAUCAUCAAAUGUAAUAGAUCUAAUACAUCAACUAAUUGGAUUAAUCUCAGAGUUUUUACAUCAUUUAAAUUCUUCUUUGCCUAGGCCUAUCUCAUCACCUUCCAAAGCCAUCAAUGAUCUCAAAUCUACACUGAAAUCAUUAAUCAAUCAAUAUGGUCAAGAUCAAAAGUCUACCGGUACCCUUAAGGAGGAUUCCAAGAUAUCAAAUCCUAAUCCAAAUUCAAAAUCGAAAUCAAAAUCAAAAUCAAAAUCAAAAUCAAAAUCAAAAUCAACCAGUUCAAACUCUCAAACUUCUGUAAUUUUAGAUCAAUCAUCAACAUCAACAACAAACCCUACAACAGAAACAACAACAAACUCUACAACAGAAACAACAACAAACUCUACAACAGAAACAAUAAAUGAGGAAUCUACUGAUAAUAAUCAAUUUUAUUCGUUAGCCGAUCAAUUUAGAAAUAUUCAAACUUCCACUGCAUCACCAAUAUCAAAAACCUACACCGACCCUAACUAUGUUAUUGAUACUGAGAAGUAUCCAAGGUUUGUUGGUUCACCAUUGAAUACCUUCUCAAUGACCCCUCAAGUCUCUUCACCCACGUCUUCUAUUAUCACUCAUCACCCUCUGGGUCCAAAUGACAUGUCACUCAAUAAGGAUAGAAAACAGUGUGCUACCGCCAAUAGAAUUCAAACAUUAUCAAUGUUUAAUGGAAUUAGAAAUACAAAUUGGUUAGAUUUACACCCAUUCGUAGCUAACAACAUGAGUGAAUUCCCAAAGGAACACAAACUGAUAAUGCUCGAUAGUCUUCAAUCAAUUCUAUCCGAUGGCCCCGGAUUAUCUUUGUUAUGUGGAUCUGUAAAUUUACAAUUGCUUCAUACUCUCAUCAAAGAUGGUGUUGUAGUAGUAGUUUCAAAACAAUCAUUUCAAUCUUCAUUCUCAUUGAAAUUAAAGAUAUUAGAUAAGUCGGUAACAAAAACUAUAACAGUUCAUUUAACACGUCAUCCUUGUUUUUACUCUAAGGAAUUUAUCUCAGCAUUCUAUUAUUUUGCAAAUGAUAUUAGAGUUCAAAAUAACAAGAACAAUCACCACAACAACAAUAGCAAUCUCGAUAACAAUAGCAAUAGCAAUAGCAAUAUCGAUAUCGAUAUCGAUAGCAAUAGCAGUAUCGAUAGCAAUAGCAAUAUCGAUAACAAUAACAAUAACAAUAACAAUAAUAAUAACAAUAAUAAUUAUUAUUCUAUUAUUCAAAAUGAUAUUUUUAAUAAUCAACAAUCUUCAAACACCUCUUCCUCUAAUAAUAAUAAUGAACCAUGUUUUCCUAAUCGUCCUUAUCUCUUUAAAAUUAAAGAGUAUAUUGACAGCAAACCACCAAAAACAAAAACAACAAAACAAAAGAAAAAAAGAAAGUCAAGACAUCUCAACCAUUUGUAUAAUAAACAACAACAACAACAACAACAACAACAACAACAACAACAACAACAACAACAACAACAACAACAACCAGACACAUCAACAACAACAACAACAUCUAAUUCUUCCAAUAAUAACAAGUUAUCGAUUAAAGAAAAUAUCGAUAUUAGUUUUUUUUAUCAUAUCAAACGUUCAAUCAGCGUUCUACUUAUCCCACAAGUAAAUAGUUUUAAUCAAUUUUCUAUCCACUAUAAUAAGACAGCUCUCGGUAAAUUGUUAAAUAAUGAGAAGAUCAAUGUGUCAGAUAUAGUAAACCCCAAAUUCAAUUUAACAACAUAUGAGAUGGUUGGUAUUCGAUCAAAUGGUGAUUCUUGUUAUAUUGUAUAUGCCAAGAAAAAAAAGAAACCAACAGCCAACAAACCAACAGCAACAUCUACAAUAACAACAACAACAACAACCACAACCAACGAAACAACAACAGCUACAACCAACAAUACAACAACUGAAACCAACAAACCAACAACUACUAAAACCAAAAACGAAAUAGUUGUUACAAAAGAAAUCAAAUUAUAUGAUAAAGUGAAGAAAGAUCCCCAAUGGAAAGAACUUUCAAUCAUUGCGGUUGAUCCGGGUCGUAAUCACAACACUUAUUUAUUCUAUCCUGGUGGUCUUAGUGAUGAUGAUAAUGGACUAAUUCCCAAUACUCCACAACAAUUGGCACAAAUGGAAAAGAAAUUUAGUCUUGACAUGAUCAGUGGCACUCAUUAUUACAACUCGCAAUCAGGCAGGCGUAAAAGUAUUAAAAACAAAAAGAGAGGUAAACAAGUUGAUGAAUGGGAAUCAAAAAUCCCAAGUCUUUAUGGUGGUUUUGAAUGUAACAUAUUAUCAAUAGAUAUUUAUGAAAAGAGAAGGAAAUAUCUAUUUGAUAGACCAAUUCAUUUUGUUACAGAUUCAAAAGAGAUUGAUCUAUUGAAAAAAGAGUCGGUAGAUAUUCAAAAUCAUAUUGACCAUUUGAUAUUGGAAAUUGGCAAGCACGAACCAGAUGAUCCUGUUUAUCAAGAUUUAAAGAAUCAAAUUUUAUCUUUUGAAGCUCAUGGUACUGUUUAUGCGAAAAAUAACAAUGGAUUAUUUAGGAAGCCCGAGAUUCAAGUAAACCCCAAUAAUACCGAAAUCGAUGGUAUUAUUGAUCGCUUAGGAGAAACUACAAAGAAUCUUCAUGCUCUUAUCGAAAAACGCCAGUCAAUUCCAAGUCCUUUAUAUUCUGCAGCAAUUGAAGCUCAUAAAUCCUAUAGAUUGGUUGAUUCUUCAUUUGAUAAAAAGAAGAAACACAGUCAACUCUUAAAAGCAGACCUACUUUUGUAUCGUGCAAUUGAGACCACGUUACUUUCGGAAGAGUCCAAGCUGUCAAAUGUUUCAACUAUCACUCCGCUCAAUGAUAUAGUUAUGAAUGAUCAAUCUAGUUCAAUACCUGCUCCAACUUCAACACAAUCAUCUUUGCCCCGACGAAAACGACGCUCCAAAAAACGUGCAGAUGAACGACAUGCCAAACAUCGUGCCGCUGAACAACUCUCCAAAUCUCUCUCCAACGAUACAGUUAUGACUGAUCUACCUACUACAUCUACUACUACUACUACUACUAAUACUACUAAUACUACUACUACUACUACUAAUACUACUACUAAGCCUCCACGUCGACCCCCUAAAUCAUCCUCCAAAGUUGGUCUACCUAGUUCCAAGACUGCUCCAACCUCAAAAAAACCAUCUACAUCCCGUGCCGGUAAAAGCUCCAAAGAUACUGACGUAGUCAUGACAGACCUACCUCCCGUAAAGAAUCUACCAUUGAAACCACUUCAAUAUAUUUACAAACCUUUAGAUCCAAAAGUAUUGAAUCUCCCUGAAGUUGUUCCAGAGAACUAUACCAAACCAGAAGUCACUAUCACUCAUAAACUAAGAUUCAAAGGGUCCGAUACAAAAAGACACCGAGAUCUUUUAUAUUUGACAAAGAUGGCAAUUGGUUCUGAAAUAACAAAAGAGAAUGUGGAAUCUUUCAAAAAACGAUUCAAUAGUUUGGUUGAGCUUGGAAUGGACUUUGAUUUCAAUGUACUCCAAUCCACAGAAAUUGAUCAAUUACGCGGGAAAUUAGCAAAACAUAAUCUUGUUUUCAAAGUUCCUCAAGGUUUAAAUGAUCCACCAACUAAACGAUCUGUCAUAUCAGCGACACAAAGAUAUGGUACCAAUUUAAUUCAACAAGCAUUAAAUAUAUUGGAGUACGUCAAACUAUCAAACUCACUUUUGUUGAAAUGCAAAGAAGAAUUGAAAGUUGCUCUCAUGCCUAGCGUUGAACUCUCUGGCCUGUGCUCUGAAAUCCUAGUUAUUUUGAAUUCCAAGGAUUUCCAAACUAAUUGGCUUCAUCGAAUAGGUUAUAUUCGCUAUUGUGCUAUAAGACGAUUCAAAUUUGACGAAAGGCAGAAAACUUUAUCUGUCUCUACAGUCAUCCCAGAUUUUGAGUUUUGGAUAAAGAACAAUCAACAAUCUAAACCCAUCAACCGUAUUAAUAUGAAACAAUUCCAAACAACAAAAGAAAUUCCAACAACAUCAACAAUCACAUCAACAUCAACAACAACUUCAUCCUCUUCUUCAUCUUCUUCUUCAUCCUCUUCUCUUUCAUCUUUAGCAUCAUCAUCGUCACGAAAAUCAAAAAAAAAAGAAAAAUCACAACAACAAACCAACCCAACACUUGAAACCGAAUGUAAUAAUAAUAACAAUACAACUCCUUCAGUAGCUCCCAAUCCACCAAGCAAGAGAAAAGGUAAUGACCCUCAAACAAAACAACCAACCAAGAAGACAAAACCACCUGAGCCCUCUCCUAAAAAAAGACGUCGGUGGAAAUGUAUUAAAUGUAAGAAGAUCCAUAACUAUCGAUUAGUCGAUUUUAAAGGAGAUUACUUUGCUACCAAAUGCUCACAUUGCGAAUGGAAAUACAUAAUCUUUAAGGACAAAGCAAUAGCGACAUCAAAAGUAAAAAAACAGAGGUUUUUUUAUGGUAAAGGUGCAGGUCCCAAUAACUAUGUCCAAAAUGUAAAAGGUGUCCAAUAUAGUCCCACUCUUCUUAAAGAAAUAGAUUUCUUAGAAAGACGUUCUCAUUCUCGAUAUGGUGCCAGAGUAAAGACCUAUCUUUUCGACGAGUACAAUACAUCCCAAAUUUUUGCACCAAAGCUAAAGGAAAUGGAAAAGAGCUAUGUUAAAGAAAAGUCAGAUGCCAAACGAAAAGAAGUGUAUAAAGCCGCCAAAAGUCAAAAGCUCCUCCGGAUGAUCCUAAUUCUUAUGUUAUCAAAUACUAUUUGGAUGGAGAGACAAAGUAUUACAUCAACCGUGAUUUCAAUGCCUGUUUGA